AUGAAAAAAAAAAUUGAACUGGAUCGAGUUGCUAAUGUCGGCACGGCGAUUUUGUUUGUGAACGUUGAAGGUGAUGUAACGAUUGAAGGAGGGAGGUCUACUGUUGUUGUUGACAACGGAAGCACGAGUUGCAAAAAGGGUUUGGCCAGAAUCGAUGGUGAUACGGCGUGGAGCGCAUUGAAGACAAACGACGUCACUUUCGGUGUCGAGGACCAUGAAAACGUAUUUUGCUGGUGUGCCUACGCCUAUGCGGGUGAAAUACUCGCCGCUGCCUUGGGAAAGACCAGAGACUAUGGAGCUACUGAAACCGGGGGUGGAUCUAAGGGGACGAGACUGGUUGGGAGAUGUGGCGAGAAGGAUUGGACUAUGGCAGCGUCUCUUUGGAGGCGGAGGUGGAAGAGUUGUUGA